GUUUAUUAAUUGGAUACUGUAUUGUAUGUAUAUUUCUAAUAGCUGUCUAUGUAUUUACAGGAUUCUGUGUUAUACGGCUGGUCUGAAUGGAACAAAGGAAGGGGAGUUUAUAAAACGCUACGAGCCACAGAGGGGCACUAUUUACGCCAUAGAGUUUGAUUCCAGCGGUAAACUGUUUGCUGUGAAUGGUCCAGGAUUCCCUGUCACGGAAGGAUUUACAUUAGAUACGAUGGGAAACAUCGAGGAAUUUUGGGGACCAACCAAUAAUGGCUUCCCGGGACAACCGCAUGAUGUGACUGUAUCACGCGACGGCAGUAAUGUAUUUGUUGGAGAUAUUGAAGGGUCUCCAAAAUUGUGGAGAUUUUCAAGUACAGAAGUACCCGUAAAAACUGUUGGAAAAUGAAUUUGAAAAGAUAUUUCUUUAAAAAAUAAUAAACUAAAAUAAAAAAAAAAUAAGUAAACCAUUUCAACAUAUUGUGACACUAUUAUAUUUUGUAUAUAUACAUUUAUUCGGGGUUGCCAUACAUAGACUCAUGUGUCUGAUUUAUAUUAAAGUAGGUCAGAUUAAUAUUUAAGAAAGUUUAUAUUUGAGCUGAGUUAUUUUCCCAAAAGUAUCCAAUUAUAAGAAGAAAGUAAUGAACUAAAUUGGCAUAUUUAUAAAACGAUAUAAUAUUCUCUUCAAUGUGGAAUCGAUUUGUGAAUUUUGCAGAAAUCUAACUUAUAGUGUUACCUAAAAUACAAUGUAUUUACAAGUAUAGAAUCCAAUAUUUUAUAGUAAAAACAUUAUAUCUAACUUACAUCUACAAGUAUUACUUAAUGUUAGUUUGUUUUUGUUUUGUUUCUUCUAAUAAUAAUGCUAAUUUGAAACUCAUUUAUUAAAGAACAUCAUUGUUUUUGCAUAAUUACAAAUAAAUCAUUAUUACUCUA